AUGAGCCAGCUCUCCGGCCUUGCCGAGAUGUCGCUCGAGAAAUGGGGGCAAGGAGGGGCGGCAGGCGAGCCGCCACGCCUCGCCUACCGCCGCGCAGACAGCGCGCUCCAAACUCUCGAGGGAGUCUGGAAGAAGUACGUCAAGGCGGACGGCCGGAAGUGGUACUACAACACCGAGACCAGAGUGAUGCAGUGGACUGUGCCUGAGCCCUUCUGCAAGCUCGACGGCGCCCCAGCGCGCAGGGCAGCCAGGCCGAACAGGACGACUACCGAUGCUCCGAUGCCGGCAACGUCAAUGCUCUCCUUCGUGCAGAAGGCGCUGCGCAACCUCCUCGUCAGCGACGACGAGGCGCUCGACCCUCCGCCCGUGCCCGAGAAGCGGGUCGCCUGGGCCGGCGGUCCCAUCGUCACGAGCGACCGUCGCGAGGCGCUGCUCAAGCUCCUCGUUCGCAAGGCGGCGCAAGGCGUGGCCCUCACCGCCGACCAGCAGCGGGCGCUGGACAACCU